AAAAGGAAAAGUGUGAACUGGAACACGGACGUUCGGCCACCGACGGCAUCCGUCUCGUCCCCCCUUGUGGAUUUAUCCUCCGUGAUAUUCGGCGAAAGGAAAUAAUCCGCGAGUCCUCUGAGUGUGACGAAAGAAACGGAAACGGGCAAACCGAUCGCCGCGAUAAGGCGGAUCGAAAAGUGGGGAAACCAGUGUGUGUGAAGUGUUCGAGGUUACUUGCUUAUACUGUGGGAAAAUACAGCCGCUACGGUGGCUCAGCACGCAGAGUUCCCCGGCGCGGCCAGGGCGUUCAUGGCGCAGCCAAGGUAUGACGAUGGAGGGCUGCACUCGAGUUAUCUCGAGGGCGGAGGUGGAGGAGGUGGUGCAGGGCUGUACGAUCCACACGGGAGCGCCCGGGGUGUUCCUGGCCUCCAUCACAGUCCACACCUCGGAGGUAUGGGGCCUGCACACCCUCAAUAUCCACCGCCCCCACCACAGCCACCCCAACACGUUCUCGCGGCGUCUCCUUGUUACAGACACCCCCUGUUCCCGCUUCUCGCGCUGAUCUUCGAGAAGUGCGAGUUGGCGACGUGUACGCCGCGCGAACCUGGCGUAGCGGGUGGUGACGUGUGCUCGUCAGAAAGCUUCAACGAGGACAUCGCUGUCUUCUCCAAACAGAUCAGACAGGAGAAACCUUACUACAUCGCCGAUCCGGAGGUGGACUCGCUGAUGGUACAAGCGAUCCAGGUCCUCCGGUUUCACCUCCUCGAGCUGGAAAAGGUGCACGAAUUGUGCGACAACUUCUGCCACCGGUACAUCAGCUGCUUGAAAGGGAAAAUGCCUAUAGACCUAGUGAUCGACGACAGAGAGAGCUCGAAACCGCCCGAGAUGGGGAACGGUUUGGACGGUGGCGGGCCGAGGAGCACCGCGGACAGCACCAGCCACACG